AUGGGGUUUUUGGUAGUAACCAGUUGCAAAGUUGCUGAUGAUAACGGUUUACAUAAGCAACGUAACGGCUUAGAACGAAAACAUCUGCAAAUUGUCACAGGCCAAGUAUGGAUCGAAUUUUUAGCUUCUGCUUUCGUAGUUACCGGAUUUUUCAUCGUGUUGACCUCCAUAGGAAAACGGUUGCACGACACGCAGGAUUCCGCGACGAGCACGGCCGCUUUUGCGUGGUACUUGUUCGGUACCUUCUUUUCUCAAGGAAAUCGUAUCCUAGCUAGCCAACGAUUUCAACAAAUCCUCGCCGCAACAUGGUGUCUAGCAGCUUUCGUCUUCGUCAACACUUAUAAUUGCACUUUAACGUCUUACAUGUCGGUGACAUAUCAAAAACCAGAAAUCAACUCAUUUAAGGAGUUGGCAACCUCCACAACUCACCAAGCCAACGUCCUAAUCGGCUCUAUACAAGAAAUUGACUUAUUAAUGUCGACUAAUGAAUAUAUAAAAACGAUUGCAGUGAGAAUGAAACAAUGUCCUGAUUGUAGGAAAUUCAACUCUAGCGAUCAGGCUUUGCAAGUUUUAAAAAACGACAAUUACGCUGCCAUUAUAGCAUAUAGCAGUGGUAAAAAUAACAUGCAGAAAUAUUCCUCUGAGAGAGGCAAAUGCCUUUUAACCAUGGCCAAGGAGAAAACGACGUGGGCUAAUAUGUUCCUUGCCGUCCCGAAAACAAGCCCAUACAAAGAGGAAAUUGAAAGAGAGUCUUUAUGGUUUCAUACCGCUGGGUUACGUGAAUAUUGGUCCGUUCGCCAAGCAAAAUAUCCCAAGGAAUGCGAGCUCACCUACAACAACAAAGGAAUGUCUACCAAGAGAUCGAGCAAUCAAAUUAAAUUGGAACAGUUUCAUCUACCUUUCCUGAUUCUCAUUGGCGGCUAUGUCCUUAGUCUCCCACAGUUUUGUCGCGAACUUCUUUAUCGUCGUAGACAUUGA